UAAGCGGCUUAAUUUACAACAUAAUAAUUGCUUAAGCACGGCUGCCAAGUUGUUAAAUAAUUAAGGAAAAAGUAUAUUUAAAAUUUAUUUUUAACAAAAUGCAGUCCAUAUUAAGGAGCAGUCUGAGUGUUGCCCGUCAGACGUUGCAUAGAAGAGGAAUUGCCUCGCUCGCUGCGCUACCAGAUACGCAUCAGAUGCUGCAGAAAACAUGCCGUGACUUUGCCAACUCAGAGCUGGUGGGUGAAAAUGCCGCAAAGUUCGAUCGUGAACAUCUUUAUCCAGGGGAACAGAUUAAAAAAAUGGGCGAACUGGGCCUCAUGGCCGUCUCUGUGCCCGAGGAACUUGGCGGCACCGGCUUGGAUUAUCUGGCCUAUGCCAUUGCCAUGGAGGAGAUCUCACGUGGCUGCGCCUCAGCGGGCGUGAUAAUGUCCGUCAAUAAUUCUCUGUAUUUGGGCCCACUGCUGGGCUUUGGAAAUGAUGCUCAGAAGGCUGCCUACAUCACGCCUUACACAACAGGCGAACGUGUGGGUUGCUUUGCUCUGUCCGAGCCUGGCAAUGGCUCGGAUGCUGGCGCUGCUUCCACCGUGGCCACGGAGAAAGGCGAUCGCUAUGUGCUAAACGGCACGAAAGCAUGGAUAACGAAUGCCUUCGAGGCGGAGGCAGCUGUAGUCUUUGCCACCACCAACAAGCAACUGAAGCACAAGGGCAUCUCCGCAUUUAUAGUAGAUAAGGGAACCAAGGGAUUUUCGCUAGGUAAGAAGGAGGACAAACUGGGAAUACGCGGCUCCUCCACUUGCCAGCUCAUAUUCGAGGACUGUGAAAUACCCAAGGAGAACCUGCUCGGCGGAACGGGCCUUGGCUUUAAGAUUGCGAUGCAGACUCUGGAUGCCGGGCGCAUUGGCAUCGCUAGCCAGGCGCUGGGCAUUGCGCAGGCCUCCCUGGAAUUGGCCGUUGACUAUGCGCAGAAGCGUCAGGCCUUCGGCAAGCCCAUAUCUAAGCUACAGGCCAUACAGCAGAAGAUUGCGGAUAUGUCGCUGGCUGUGGAGUCGGCCCGUCUACUAACCUGGCGCGCUGCCUGGCUGAAGGACAACAAGUUGCCCUAUACGAAGGAAGCUGCAAUGGCCAAACUGGCUGCCUCCGAGGCGGCUACACUGUGUGCUCAUCAGUGCAUCCAGGUCUUGGGCGGUAUGGGUUAUGUAACCGACAUGGCAGCCGAACGCCAUUAUCGAGAUGCUCGCAUUACCGAAAUCUACGAGGGAACCUCGGAGAUUCAACGACUUGUUGUGGCGGGAUCAAUACUCAAGGAAUACGCUAGUUAAUUAUAUAAUGCCAGCUCGCAUUUA